AUGAUAGCUGACAUUUGGAAUGCCAUGGGUUUAGAAGGAGAAAAUUUGCGACUGCGAAUUCAUUCUCUGUCUUCUCAUUUGUUCUUAAUGUUGGAUGAAAUGUAUAGUGAAGAAAUCUUAGCGAAGCAGUCUAUCAUUGACUCAAUCAAAGAAUUAAAGGUAAAGAUUAAAGAACUCGAGUCAGAGCUUGGGUUAACCAACAAUAUUUCUGAAACAUCAUCGCUUGUAAUGACUGAAAAACUGUUUUACGAUCAUUUUAAAGCACUCACUGAAAAGUCCUCUUCAAUUCUUCAGACAUACAAUUUGCUUAAAGAAGAGGAGAAAGAUUUGUGCGCGCGGCUUGAUGAACCUUCUGUUCCUGAGACAUUCAUACACGUCCCAAAUACUGAACAAAUUAGAAUCUUAAAAGAAAACAUUGAUCAUCUAACGCUUGAAAAACGUUCCCGUUCUCUUCGUUUGUCUAGACUAAUUCAAGAAAUUAAAAACUUAAGAGAUCUCCUGCAACAGAAGACUAUCGAUGACGAGGAAAUAAUCACCCUAAUCACUGCUCCUAAUCCUAUGGAGAAUUUAUCAUUAUCAAAAAAUUUUCUUGACCACGUUACUAAAUUAAGAAACAGUUUAGCACAGGAGUUUGUCAAGUUAGAUGAUGAUUGUCAAAGAAUCAUUAAAGAAAUCAUGCAUAUAGCAGGUCGCCUUAAUAUUGAUAAUGGCGUGAAUAUUCAGCAACCGGUAUCUGCUCGCUUUUUACAGCAUCUGAAAGAAGAACUCAAUCGUCUGAAAAAAUUGCAACUAAGAAGUUUAGCGUCUAUUAUUUCAAAGUGUCAAGCUGAGUUAGUCGUAUGGUGGGAAAAUUGCCUUGUUGGUCGAGAUGUUCGUCAAUCAUAUUUAAUUUCUGAAGGUCAAGAGUUAAACGAGUCACUACUUAUAUCGCUUGAAUCUGAAAUAACAAAAUGGAAAUCAUUUUACUUGGAAAAUGAACCACUCUUCAAGGCAAUCGAAACGUGGCAGUGCAUAUUAUCGCGUCUUCGAAUGUCCGAGCAAAAAAUGAAAGAUCCUUCCGUUUUAAAAAACCGAGGUGGGAUUUUGUUGGUUAUUGAUAAAGAAAUUAAACAAUUAAAGCGUGAUCUCAGUCGUCAGUAUUCUAUCUUAAAAGAAAUUUCUAUGAAUUACCCAAAUGUAACAGUUCAUGGAUUAUCAAUUCUUGAUUACUUGGAUUUCUCCGAACAUCAAUGUAGAAUAGAAAAAGAAAAUCAAAAUCCAGGAAAUCUAUCUAGUUCCUUUAUUAAAGUUGAAAAUAGUGCUAAGAGAGCUUUUGAUGCGAAUAAGUCAACUCUACUUACUCCAAUAAGUGGAAAGAAACCGCGUACAGAUUUAUUAAAUUCCACCAUAGCAGCAUUCAGUAGCAAUUCCAAAUUAAAUGCCGUGCAAUCGCCACUUUUGGCUUGUUCUAGUAUGGUUUCAUUACAUGGAAUUGGUUCUACAGAUUCUUUGUCAUCAGUUCACACGCCUAUAACAAAGGCCAAAUCUUCAGUUCAAACUCCAGUCACUUCCUGUGUUUCAUCGUCGAAUUCACCUCAGAAAAAAAUUGCCUCAACUAUAUCUACAAAACGUCGAAGUGCAAGACUGAGUGGAAAGAAAGUCUGCUCAACAUUACGUGUUUUACAGGUGAAAAAUAUACAAAACAAUAGUGAUAAUUCUUUCCUUUCUCCUCUCUCUACGGCACCUAGAUCUGCUGUGAAACUUUAUAACUCUUUAAUGAUUGGAUUUAGACGUUACUCUACCGUCUUUUAGGUUAGAUCUUGACAUCCAAGAUUUGGUGUAUGGGUUGUCCAAUAAAUUACUUGAUCCAAUUUUUCCUUUUGUAUUAAUUGUUUCGGUUGAUGUAUUUUUUAAUGGCUGGUACUCUAUAUCAAGCCCAAUUUAUUCAUUCUUCCCAAACCACAUUUUGACCUUGUCACUUACUAACCCUGACUUUUUAAAAUGAUCGUAUGUCUGUUAGUUGCUUUCCCUAUGCAUUAUGUGUUUGUAAUUUAUUUUUGUCUGAAUGGGAAUAUUCAGUCACGUUUGACCAAAACAAGUUGGCUCACUCGACAUUUCGUUUCUUUGAUUAUCUGUCUGAACCAAUGAGUGUAUGAAAUAUGCAUAUUUAAAAUUCAUCCUCGUAUUUGGCUUAUUUUAUUCCGUUAUUCUAUAACGUGAAUGAAAUCGAUAGUUGUAUACGAUGGUUGGCGGCAUGUAUAUUCCGAGAGCAAUCAGCAUACGAUUUAACUGGAGUCAAAUAUCGGGCCACUAAAAUUUAAAAUUGUUUUCUAACAAUCAUAGACAGUUUCUCAACAAAAUACUCAUAAUUCUGUCUAUGAAACAAUGCAUUUAGAUUGUAUUUUAUAACCUGUAUUCACAUCAGGAUAAUCAAGUUACAACAAACCGAUCUAAACAAAAAGGGUGUUUAGUUGAUCAGAUCAAAAUUUUAGUGGUAUUAGAUCUUGCUAUCCAUCAUUCAUAAUCGUUUUAGUUAAUUAAUAUGCAAACUUUUAUUCAUAUGUCCAUGGUAGACAUCUUAUUUGUAAAAUUGUUUCUUGUUUUAAAAAUAUAGAAAUCUUCACGUAUUGUAAAUAACACGCCGACACCAUCUGUGAAAAAUAGAAUACACAGAGCUCCAUUCCGUACUUGAAUUUCAUUUAAAGUAUUUAGUUAUGUAUCCUCAUUUGUACAAAAUCAUAAUUAUUUUUCAUAUUUACUUUUC